GAAAGAAAAUAAAAAACAUUCAACGCGGCAAGUCGAUUUGAGCAAAACUUCGUUCCAGUGUUUAAAAUUAGAUAAAAUUCUUCUCAUUUUAAUCUGUAUCGAAUCCGAUUGUGAAUUUCACUCAAACGUAAAAGUGUCAACUCUAUAUUAUAAAAUAAAAAAAAUUGCGUUGUGCUUGUGAUUUUAAUUAAUUUUUUGUUUGGAAAAUGCCAUCGUUGUCAUCACCCACGCAAUCUAUGGACACUGUUUAUCCAGAACCUAUGUCAAGAUUAAAUAGGCGAGUCAUCCCGAAGAAGAGGAGAGGUGGUUCCCAUAGAUAUCGUACUCAACCAGUAACGUUUUCAGAAAUUCAGGAAGUUGAUGAAGAAAACGUAGCGGAAGAAACCAUCCCGGACUCAUCGACAUCAAAAUCCGAAUUGAGUUUGAUAAUGAAUAGAAAGUUCGAAGAAUUUAAGAAAACUAGAGACAUUGAUUUCAUAUUAAGUGAUAAAAUCGAAGAAAUAACAGAUGCUUCAAAUCAAGUUUCAAGUAAUCCAAAAGCUAGUGUACCUUUAAAAACAUGCAGAUCAAUAGGUAGGCUGCCUUCGCGGCCAUCUUUUUAACAGCUUUCACGACAGAUUUUAGAUAGAGUUAGAACGAACGCUUCAGUAAUUUUUGUACAAUAAUUAUCAUUAUGUAAAUAUAUAUGUACUGCAUUGAG